AUGAUCAAGCAGUCCCAUGCUGAGAACACCGCUUUCUUCGACUUCCUUCCAGUGCUUUGCAAACUUAGGGACCUAAGACGGAAUAACAAGAGGAAUGUAAAGAAAUUAUUUUUCGCAAGAAAGGUCUUAUUCAGGAUAUUGUGCAAGUUAAUAACAUUCGUUGCUCAUUUUAGGUGUUACGUUUCAAGAGAAUUGUAAAUAUAGCGAACACGUAGGUGCUAAGUUGAUUAAGGCAAAUACUAUAAGUGUCUGUUUGUAUUAAGAUCUUUACGGAAGGAAGGUUUCAGUCAAGGUGAAGUAGACCACCUAUUUAGCGCCUUAGUUUUACCGAAUUUCACUUAUGGUCUGUAGACUCAGAUCUAACGGUCAUACAAAACUUUCUGGAUAGAUGCUUUAAAAGGAAAUACACAUCUAAGAGAAUGGACAUCCGAGAACUUUUAGAAAAGGCAGAUAAAAAUCUUUUCAAGAUACGUUCAGUGGAUCCCGAUUGCCAGCUUAGUAACAUCCUGCCGAAGAAGAAAGAAACAAGGUAUCAACUCAGAAACAAAAGUGCUCAUCGCCCGGAUAUAAAGACUGGUACAUUUAAGAAUGUUUUUGUAAAUAGGCUUAUUUUUAGAUAUAAUCUUUGAUCUUUCUAUUAUUUGUAUAUAGUAUGUCUUAUGUAUUUUUAUCUUUCUAUUAUUUGUAUACAGUAUGUCUUAUGUAUUUUCAGACUCGCAACUGCUGAUGUAACUUAAUAUAUGUCUUUUUAUCUUAGGAAGAAUAAAGACUGAUUGAUUGAUUGAUUUGAUUGAUUGAAUGAUCACAAAACUAUUCAAAAUAGCUUUCUUCCAGGAUCAUUUUACAUUUCUAAAUGUUAUAUUAAUAAGUUUUAGCAAGUUCUCUAAAAGAAAUAAAAUACUUAACAUUUUAAGGAAACAUUCAAGGAAAACUUUCCUCCUUGUAAUUUGGGGAUUUGUGUGAGGACACACAUAAAAUGGAAAUUACGAAAGACUGCCUAGAAAGUACAACUGUGAAUAAAUCUCUCUGGGGGCGAAAAAAGACCUUUUUAACAGACCUCAGAUUUUAAAUCUAUAGAAUGUUCUUUAAAGCGCCACGUAAAUGCCAGAAUCCUCCGUUUGGUUUACUCGCCGGAAAAUUCUUACGGUCCAAAUUUCACUUCCACAAACUAUAAAAGCGCGUCCUCAUUGGUCGACAUAAAGAGUCGCUGGUUUCAGCAGACGUAUAUGUAUCUUUCCACUCUUUUUUUUGUGAGACGUUCCUUUAAGACUACAUUUGAGGAUAAUUCUACAAGUCAUGCAAUGUACUUCCAUUGCACCCCUUUAAAGGUAGAUUGUGCUGAUGACACACACAAAAGAUAG